GUACAGUCCAUUGAAUUUUAUGUAGUUUUGUAACCGAGAAAUAUAAUAAUUUGAUUUUUGCGUAUGUAUACAAUACAAAAAUUAUAUUGUUAAUUUUUUAUUUCUGACGCAUGAAAAUUUUAUAUUAUUUUAAUUAUUAUGUGUUUUCAGGGUUGAAAACGUCAGAAACUGCGAGUCAUGAUGCACGAAUAUCUAGACACGAUGUAUUCGAUCGGGAAAUAUCGGAAUUGAAACAGCUGGAACAGGAGGGCACUAUUGACGUUUUAUGUAGCAUAAUGACUUAGGAAAACGUCUAAUACUAAUUAUCUCCCAUAGAUUCGACCUUAGUUAGCUCAUUAGCUUGAUGUGUAGUGCGACGGAAUAACGAGUUUGAGUGCGGUGUAAGUGAAAAUUUUCGUACCUAGAAAUUCGUUCAUGUAAUGAGCAACACAUACGAGGAGUCGUCAUGUCCUUGGACGAACUAUUUGUCGGAGGCGAUCAAUAAAUGCGUGCUCAGCCUAUGUUCAUUACUUUCAACGACUUUCGGGCUAACCUUUAAUUCCAACGACGUUGUUAUCCUUGAUAACGGAACCUCGUUGAGGCUACGCGAUCUGCUUCACGAAUUAGUAGCUUUGCUAUCGUUCGACGAUUUUCAGCUUCAGCUGCUCAAGGUCUUCCUGUUGACUUUCGUCAGUAGUGUCGCGUUGAUCUUCAUUGCUUGGCAAAUUUAUGGUUCUAAAAUUACGGAGCAGUUUAUGAAAACUGGUACUUCUUCUGAAGAUUGUAAUCCUUCAACUGAAUAAUUUGCUUUAUUUCUGCUAGGCAGCAGAAGUAAUUCAAUAUCUAACAAACAUGGCCGAUAAAAUCAAAUCAUUUUUCCAACAGAAGAAGAGGGAUGCAAAGUUUCUAAAUGCAGGAAAGGGAUACAAGUUGACAGAUUCUACUAGUAGUAAAUUAACUUCAGCAGAACCUGCAAAACCAGUAUUAAGAGCAGAACCUACAGAAGAAGCUAAAAUAGCAGGCCAAGCUGCUCUAGCAAGAUUAGAAGCAAAGAAAGUUGAUAAACCAAAAUUCAAUACAUCAUAUGCCGCCAUUCAAGCACGUGUUAAGCGUGAGAUGGAAUUGGAAAGAAAGACACAGCAGGAUUUACAACAGGCAGAAAGUACAGCACUGGAAAAAAAAAAGGUUGAGAGAAGAGAAGGUAGAAUUGAAGAUCCUUCCACGUAUGCAGUUGUUGAUGUAUUCUUCCGUUGCCCCUACAUAUCUGAUGAAAUAUUGCCACGAGAUGAAUGGAAGAAGAAAAUAAGAGAAUUUUUGUAUGAUGAACGAGGAGGAGAAGAACCCGGAUUAACAGCAAGUUUAAUUAUACAAAAUUGUAAUAGUGGAAAGGAAAAGAUUGAGAAUUGUGUGGAAACACUUGGAAAAUAUCUGGAGAAUAUUAUUAAGAAUCCUGACAUGGAGAAAUAUUGGAAGAUCAGAAUGUCGAAUAGAAUAUUCCAAGAAAAAGUUUUACCUGUUGAAGGAGCUUUAGAUUUCUUGAAAGCAGCUGGCUUUGAUCAAGAAGUGUUGCGACAAAACGAGAACGAGGAGGAUUUCUUAAUAUGGAAUCCUGACAAUUGCAGUGUCGAAGAGCUUGUGAUCUUGUAUGAUGCAUUGAAAUCCGCUGAACAGAUUCCCAUUGAGAUAGACAGAAAUCUCCAAGUAUUAAUGCCUUGUCAAGCUAGAAUAAGGAAUGAAUUGCCACCUAGUUUUUUCACGAUAUCUUCAGAAGAAAUAAAGAGAGAACAACAGUUACGAACGGAAGCUGUAGAAAGGAACCAAAUGCUGAGAACAAAAGCUAUGAGGGAGAAAGAUGAACAGCGUGUACUUAGAAGGUAUAAAUUCGCUGUGCUUCGUAUUAAAUUUCCAGAUGGUUUAAUAUUGCAAGGUACUUUCGUGGUACACGAGAAAUUCAAGAAUGUUCUUGAAUUUGUAAUUGAAAAUUUAGCCUAUCAUGAAGUGCCCUUUUCAUUGAUGACACCGGAUGGAAUGAAGCUAAUGGAAGAAUGUUUCGACAAAACACUCUUAGAAUUGCGAUUAAUUCCUACAGCUAUUUUAGAAUUUUCUUGGAACACACCCGAUGGUAGUAGUUGCUCGAACAUGCCUACAGGAUAUUUGAAGGAAGAAAUACUUGCAUGCAUACAAUCAGUUUGAAAAUAAUUUUAUUCUAUUAUUAAACAACGAUUAAGUGGAAAGAUUUACAUAAUUACAAAUGCAUUUUUAUAAUUUUUUUUCUAGUAUUUUUGACAAAUAAUAUUGAGAAAUGAUCAUGUUGUUCUAUGAACAUUUUAGACUUCGAUUAAGUCAAUUUUUCAUGUAUUCUUAUGUUAGAACUUUACGCGAAAUUACUUAAACAUUUAAUAGCGAUAAAUUAUUAACUUAUCUAAAAAAAAAUAUAUAUAUAUAUAUACACGUGUAUAAAACUAUCUUUAUUUUGUCGUAUAAUUUUAAUACGAUAAAUAUUCUAAUAAUACUAGCAUAAUAUAUGUAAAUGGUAUAAUAAUAUUCAGCAUAUA